AUGAACACAAAUUGUCAUGUAUUUCUUGGACAAUUACACUAUGCCUACUGUUUCGUUCGUGGCAGAGACUAUGACUUGCUCCGGUCCCCUCCCUUGGGAUCCCGGCUCAGAACCUUGAUCCGCCAGGCAGUCAUCAUUCGGGAGGAAAAGGAUGAGAGCAUUCUGAAUUUUACCUUUGACGCCUCGCAUAUCGACACAAUGGGUCUCCACUUCUUGAGACGUCUAUGUCUUGGUCCGAAUCUUUCUUUCUGUAUACAGCAUGAGAGUUCGACUUGUUAUCGCAACGCGGAGCUCGCACUCCGAAUGCUGUUGUGUAUUCAGGCGCCGCCAUACCAUGUCGAUCUAGUCACUUCGGCCUACUUUGCCAAUUUUAUGUUUACUAAACCUCGGGCCUUGAGUCUGACGCCUGAGGUCGCCCUUGAAGGCUCCGGUUCUGGUCUAUUAUCGGAAUAUCUCACAGCAUCUCCGGGACGCACUGGUCCAUGGGCAGAACAUGAGUGGUUCGAGACGAACUUGUGCCGUGGACGGGCAACAAAUGUGUUUUCACGACUUUUGUUGAUUCAAUGGUACCAUGGUCAUGAGUUUCGGGGUAGAAUCUUGACCUGUUUCUCCACCAAGUUGACACGGGGUUCGGGCGCGCCCACGAAUAUGUACGUCUCAAACACCAAUCUUGCAGCAGCCAGGCACAAACGAGGAACACGGAUCGAUCACCGUGAUCGACGCAGAUCGCAAGACGGGCUGUGCCGUCUGGACUAA